AAGAAUUACUUAGACGCAGCUUAGUAUUAGCGACUGCUCACUUUUUAUCGCCGGGGAAAAGGGAGAGGGGUUGGGACGGAGGAUUUUGAUUAAAUGAUGAAUGAUCUUAAUCCACUGCAAGGCUAUGUGAUAUAUUUAGAACCCUCACCCCCUUUGCUGGCAGCUAAAUAGCACUCAAUUUUCUUUAGUCCUUCACCUACACUCUACUAGCGACAAAUGGUCCCCACAACGUUCCCAUGUGAUCUUUCCGCCAACAUCCUCGCCCCUUCGUCUCACCCCACUAAGACGAUUAAUGGUGGCUGGAAUUAAUGAUUGGUCCCCGGUAAACUUUAAUUGUUCAAUCUAAGGUGCUAGAUUUUAUAAUGUUAUGGAGUGAGAAGAGAUACGUAUUUACCUUCUCUUACUGACGUAAUUAUGGGCUGAUCAAUUCGAAACUUCAGCAGCAGCACCAUUAACUAUUGCGAGACUGUGCUAAAUUCUACAACAUUUGUUAGUCACCUAAAGAAUCGCUCAUUAUUUGGUGGACCAAAUUUGGCCCGAGGUGGCGGGAAUUUGAGCGAGGCAAUCUUCAAAAGUUCAAAUGCUCAGGGGGGGUUGCCCGCGAGGGAUGUUAGCUUCGAAUGUACAGUGGACGAAAUGAUCGGCAGUGUUGCGUGAUCACGUGAAGGUGCAUACUAUGUGACCUUUCCCAAGGGGUGUUAGGUUACGAAAUAAUAAUUAGUUUGUGGGAUAUUUGCAUAGCAAUCUGUUUGGUCAGAGUCGUAUGCGAGAGACUUACCAUUAUGGCGAGGAAACUGAUUGAAACUCUCUUUACAUACUGCUUCGUUACAUAUUAUGGACUGAUGAUGUUCUUUGUAGUCUUAUGGCAGAUGAUACGUCGACUUGCAAUCCCUCCUCGAGCAAAGCGAAGAGAAACCCCUCCAGUGUGCCUUCUAAACCCUGAACUUGGAACUCACCACUUUCUAAGAACAGCUUCAAACAUAAAAAUUCACUAUGUGGCCAAAGGUGAUCCACAAAAACCACUUAUGCUCUGCCUUCAUGGCUUCCCUGAGUUUUGGUAUUCAUGGCGAUAUCAGUUGAAAGCUUUCAGUGAUGAGUAUAGGGUGGUUGCAGUAGAUAUGAGGGGUUAUGGACUUAGUGAUCAUCCAGUAGGAAAGGACAAAUACAAGGGUUCAUACUUGGUGAAUGAUGUCAAAGAAGUGAUUGAGGGACUGGGCUACAGUUCAUGUGUGUUGCUUGCCCAUGACUGGGGAGGUGCCAUUGCAUGGAGGUUCACCCACAUUCACCCUGAGUUUGUUGACCGGCUGAUUCUGUGCAACAUUCCACAUCCAGCAUGCUUUGCAAAGUGUUUGAAGUCAUCUAAGAAGCAAUUCCGUGCUUCCUGGUACAUGUUUUUCUUUCAAUUGCCUUACCUUCCAGAGUACGUGCUAGAGAUGGAUGACUUCAAAGUUUUUGAUGAAGGUUUUGGGGAAGGCAAAAAUUUCCACGAAGAAGAUGUAGAGGCAUACAAAUAUUCUAUGUGUCAGUCUGGGUGCAGUGGUCCUGUAAAUUACUACAGGGCUGCAUUUUCACACAGAGAUUUGCCUCCCACAACCUUUCAAACCAAGAUCAAGGCUCCUACCCUUGUGGUUUGGGGCACAGGAGAUGCGUUUCUAAUGGUGGAAACGUUGAAAGGAACAGAAGAUUUUGUGGAAGACUUGACCAUCAAAUACGUUGACGGAGCAACUCACUGGGUCCAAAUCGAUGAAUAUGAGGACGUGAACAAACACAUUCGUGAGUUUCUCAAUGUCCAUCCUCUGGAAUCUUUACAGAAACCAGAUUAAGAGAAGACGUGAACAUAUCAGGGUGCCUUUUCGUUGAUAACCUCUGUUCCGAAGAAGAAAGUGGAUUUCUGUCAAAACUUUCGAAGAAAUAAGUCUUCUGUUCUUAGAAAAUAGAGUGGAAAUAACUGAUAACUUGGUAUCAAUUGGUAGUUCUCGCAAUCAUCAUCAGGAUCUUGAAGUUUGUAAUAUUUAGAGAAAUUUGCCCUUAUGGAUGAUAUGAAUAGUAUUCCAUAUAUUUUACGUAGGGUUUCUUACAAGGGAAGCAGUGUUAGAUCACAUAACAAUUAUCAAUUAGAUGAGAAUGAAAGUAUAUGAAAAUAUAUGACUUUCAUAUAUUCUUAACCGUUUAUCAAUUAGAUGAUGUAGAAAGAUGUUAGAGAUUCGUCCUGCUUACUGUUGGAUGCUCACUACUAACGGAGCCACUUAGAAACCCCUGGUCAACUGGGCUCGAGCUAGGCCAUUUCUAGAAUGGACGAUGUUUUUGUUUUGAAGUUGUUAGUUUUCAGGAAUGUGUUAUGAUAAAAACUCGAAGACUUAAGUCGAGAGGGUUUGUGUGCAGUUUCCUUCGACAUUUUAAUAAAUAUAAAUCAAAGUAUUUUCACUGCACACAUGGCUAAAGAAAACUCGGAGAGGAAAACUUGCAGGAGUACAGUUUUAUCAUGCAACACCUUAAUAAAUGUCUUUGUCUAGUCGCCUAGAAUCAUAGAUAUUAUUGAUUACAAGCUUUGAGAAGGUGGACCAUCAAAGAAGAAAAUUAUCUCCGAAAAA